UCAGGUCAGUCUGGCAACGUCCUGCCCAGAUAUAGUUGCGAAAAUUCGGAGUACGGUUGUAAAAUGCGCAAAGCUUGUCGCCUGUGUUUGUGUGUAGUAAGACAGCGCGGACAGACGACAGUUCAUCAAUUCGUCAGGAGAUUUUCUUCAUUUUCCGCCCGCGAAACGUUUGUUUCAGUGAGAAUUCCCAUGUAAUUACCGUGUAAAUCCAAUUGUACGAAAUUCCGUGAUUGUUUGCCGCACGAGUGCCGCGGCGGUGCCUAUGAAAGUUGCAGCUUGCUCCGUGCCGUGAAAAUUGUUCGAUAGAAAAAUGCACAACGAAUGCAAGUGACGCGUCUCGGUGGCCUGCUUUUUCCACUAGGCAGUGUCAAGCAAUUGGCCAGGCGAUUAGCCCUCGAAAUUGCGUUCGGGAAUCGUGACGACGAGUGUUUUGGCUGCUACUUGUGGACAGUCUGAGCAAAGGAUAUUGCCUCCAGGACGGUGCUGUGCAUUGUUCUGGGCCAAGUGGAACUCGGCCGCCGUUCUGUCUCGUCUCGGCGUUUGGUCCUUUCUUCUCUUUAUGUCGCUGCUUGGCCGCCGUCGAUAUUUGUCGUAGAGCUGGAAUCGGAGUUGUUUCGGGCGCAGCAAGUGGCAGAAAUUCAUUCAUCCCAACGAUCGCGCAGAGUUUUCCUCCUCGCUCACCGUCAAAAUAUGGAUGACAAAAAUGUCAGUGAUCUAUUGCAAGCGAGAAAUUUUUAACACUGACGACGAUCCCAGCGUUCAGCGUGCGAGGAAUCCAUAACCCGAAAUAGAGUUCGAGGGUGAAUUUGCGCUUUCCUUUGCGUGGAAGCCGAGCGAUAAAUAAAAGAGGAAAAUUGUGUGUCUGAAAGUGUGAAAAUUCCGUGCCCGGGAGUGAGGUGGUUGCCUGUCUAACGUAUUGUGUUGUGCGUUGUUUCUCCGUUGCGAGAAGGGUGGAAAGGCGCUGUGACAGGCGUGAAAAGCUACGGAAUCCGAAUUGCUCGAGGACGAGAUUAUCGGCAGCAGGAGGAAAUUACCGUGAAAAUGCCAGGUCUAAUCGGGGUCGCAGAGUUCGUCGAGGAGACUCGCGAGGAUUACAAUUCGCCAACAACAUCGACGUUUGUGUCGCGGAUGCCUCACUGCAGGCAGACCAUUAAUAUCCUAGACGAGAGGCUCGAACUCGAUCGUGAAGGGUUAACGAAGCUUAAAAAGGCUGUAAAAGCUAUUCAUAGUUCCGGAAAUGUGCAUGUCGAUAACGAAAUGUGCCUAGUCCGGGCACUAGAAAGGCUAGGCAGUAUCACGUUAUCCCAAGAAGAACCUGAUAUAGGAGCAGCGUUUCUGAAAUUUUCCGUAGUAACAAAAGAACUGAGCGCUUUAAUGAAAACACUAAUGCAAAAUAUUAGCAAUAUAGUCAUGUUCCCAGUAGAUUCAAUCUUAAAGUCUGAGCUACGAGGUGUUAAGGGUGAAAUGAAGCGUCCCUUCGACAAGGCGGCAAAAGAUUAUGAAUCCAAAUAUAUAAAAAUCGAGAAGGAGAAGAAGGCCCAAGCGAAAGAGGUCGGCAUGGUACGAACUGAGGUUAAUCCAGCCGAAAUAGCUGAUGAAAUGGAGAAGGAACGUCGUGUUUACCAAUUGCAAACAUGCGAGUAUUUAUUGAAAUAUAAGGAAAUAAAAACGAAAACCGGCAUUGAACUAUUACAGCACUUCAUUGAAUACUAUCAUGCAUUGAAUAAUUACUUCAAGGACGGUCUGAAGACAAUAGAACAUUUUGGCACAUAUAUAGAAGAUUUAAGUUUAAAAUUGCAAACAAUAAAACAGAAACAAGACGAGGAACGGAAGCAACUUUUAGAAUUACGAACGUUGUUGCGAAGCACGCCAGACUUUGAUCGUGUGGAGAAUGUGGUAACAGAUAAAGGUGCCGGUUAUUCGUUGCACCAACUGCAAGGUGAUAAACAUCAUGGCAUCACACGUUCGGGACAUUUAUUGAAAAAGAGUGAAGGGAAAGUGAGAAGAGUUUGGCAGAAAAGAAGAUGUCGAGUAACGCCCGAUGGUUUUCUUGAUAUAUGUCAUGCUGAUGAGUCGAAACCACCAACUAGAGUUAAUCUCCUUACUUGCCAAAUAAAACAUGUUCCCGAUGAUAAGCGCGGAUUCGAUUUAAUAAGCUAUAAUCGGUUAUAUCAUUUUCAAGCUGAAGAUGAAGCCGAUCAGAAAGCUUGGAUGGCGGUACUCGUGAAUUGCAAAGAGAAGGCGCUGACAAGAGCUUUCCAACAUGCUAAUCCGCAAAUGAGCCCUAGUUUAGUGGAACUACAAAAGGCUGUAAUCAAAUACGUCCAAAAAAUUCCAGGAAAUGAUAAGUGCUGUGAUUGUGGAUCAACAAAUGAUGUAACAUGGAUAAGUAUAAAUUUUGGGAUAUUGGUAUGCAUACAAUGUUCUGGAGUGCAUCGAGAUUUGGGUGUACACCAUUCACGAAUUCAAAGUCUGACGCUAGAUAAUUUAACAACAGCUAAUUUACUUAUUGCCAAAUCCAUGGGCAACCUUCAAUUAAACGAUGUAAUGGAAGCAACAUUGGGAAAACGCAAACUAAGUCCCGACAGUUCAAUGGAAGAACGGUACGAUUUCAUUCGUGCCAAAUAUGUUGCGAAACGAUAUGUGUUGCGUAUGUGUUCCGAUGAAAAUGAUUUACGAUGCGAAUUGGAACAGGCAAUUAUCAAUGCCGAAAUUGGACAAUUGUUACAAGCUUGGGCGGAGGGAGCAGAUUUAACGUGUGUACUUCCGUCAUCGGAUGUUGGCGAGACAGCGCUACAUUUAGCUGUACUUCGCGAAAUGGGGUCAACGUUACAUAUUGUCGAUUUCCUGAUUCAAAAUAUGCCAGCUCAAGGUUUAAAUAAGGCAACAAAUCCUCCUGGACCAUCGGAUAUGGUGGGGAAGAAUACAGCGAUGCAUUUGUGCGCACUACACGAUCGGCGAGAAUGUCUUAAGUUACUUUUGCGGGCUGGUGCAAAUUUUGAACUGAGAAAUUCGGAAAAUAAGACUCCAUUAGAUAUUGCCAAAGAAAUGGGACAUGAAGCGUGUCAGGAACUGAUUCACUGUGCCAUGCGUCAGGAGAAAAGUGCUUUUGAUCACAUCAAUACAGAUUGGAAUUUACAUGAAGAUGGUUCCACUGAUUUCUCUGAUGAUGAUACAAUGAUUGACGAACGGAGAACACGCUCACGACCCCCAAGUUUUGCAGGUGGUGAUUCACCUGUUGCGAUUCGAUCGCGAUCAUCAACAUGUGAUUCUAUUCAGAGUGGUUCUAGUCCAAGUUCAAGUUGUCCAUCGAACCGGCAAUUUACUUUACCUUCAACAAUGCCAUAUGCACAAGCGGGAACGAGUCCCAAACAGCACAUGCCGAUUGCUCAACAUGUAAGCGGUAAUGUUUCUAGUCCUAGUUCAACGUCAAGUGGUACAAAGCCGUCUAGUACGUGUGUUAACAAUCAAAAUAAUCGAAAGUCCUCGUCAACGUUAAAUGUAAACUCACUGAAGAAACGCACUGCUCCAGCACCCCCCGCUAACAACUCUACAAUCUAUGGUACGCUUCCGCACGCACCUCGACACAAUCCCAACUAUGAACAAAAUGAAAUGCGCACAAUAACUACUCAUAAAAAUCAAACUGAAACGUACAGUACACUACCUCACUUACGUACAGAAAGCGGACGUAAUUUUCACUGUGAUAAUAGGAUAUAUGAGAGGUUUGACGCGAUUAUACCAACAUCUGCACAACAACAAAUGGUUGCUAGUAAAUUUGAAAAACAUUCCGGUGAUAAUGUGAUGACAACGUUCGGACACAAACGGUCGCCAAGUGGUGAAUCGCUAAAUCGUAAUGUGAAUUUGGUUGGGGCGAAAUUAGUUUUGCCGCCAGCUAAUGAAAUACCAGUUUUGAAGCCAGUUGAUAAAUCGUUACCACGUCCUCGAUUACCACCACCGGGUCCACCGUCAGAGAGAGGUAUAUCCAACGGACAAUCAAAUGAAAGUAUUAGCUCAAUGGAUGAGGGCCCCAUUCCUCCACCACGAAAGCGUAGACUAGCAAAGUUGUUGAUAUCUUCGAAACUUGAAAGGAUUCUAUCUCAAUCACCUGGAUCAAAUUAUGGCGAUUAUGAGUCGUGGAACGUCGAAUUAGAUUCAUCCGGCCCUUUAGAUAGCUCAGCCGAAUCGAAUAUUCUCACAGCCAGUGAUAGUGAUCGACUAGAUAUAGCUGAUGCAAUGAAAUCGAAAAAUUAUGAUGGAUUUGUUUUUUCACAGACUGGCUACAGAAGAUGUCGAGCUCUUUACGAUUGUGCCGCCGAUAAUGACGACGAAUUAGAAUUUCGCGAGGGAGAAAUUCUUAUUGUCCUCAACGAACGAACCGAUGACGAAAAUUGGAUGGAGGGUGUAAUUGAAGGCAAUCCAUCACGACAUGGAAUGUUUCCUGUUAGUUUUGUUCAUAUGCUCCCUGACUAAAUUUUCCGCCCGAAUUUAUUUCCUAAACUUAUUUAUUACAAACUGUUACGUAAUUUGUUAGUAUUUAUAAAUCGAUAAUAGAGAAGCAAUCGCUAUACGCCGUGUCCAAUAAUUUCCCCAAGUUCAUUUCCUUGUUGUUUUGUGCUUUAAUUUAUUUUGAUUAUCCAAAUGCGAAGAUAUCCUUACGUGUAGCUCUUACAAUUUUGUAUGAAAAGUAAUGGACAUUACAAAAGUAUAGUCACGCUCAAAAAAUUGUUUUGUGUACAAGUGUGCAUAGUAAUAAAAGUAUUCGAUAUCGUUGAUAAGUUAUCUGUUUUUGAUUGUUUUUAUCUGUUGUUCAUAACUUUCCUGUAUUGAUAGAUGCACUGUGUAUACAAAAAGGGAGUAAGGAAAAAGAUAAGAAGAAGCAAAUUAGGAUAUGAAAAAUGUACGAACAAUACACAAGAAAUGAAACCAAGCGACAGUUACAAAGAUAUGUUAGUAUAUUAUUUUUAAUUUAAGAGAACAAUAACAACAAUAUUUAUGCUUAACGUAAUGUUGUGAAAAUCUACAGGUGUGUUAAGAAUGUGUGUGAACGUAAAAACGGUAUAUAAGUUAUUUAAAUAAACGGAGACAUUGUGUAUCAGAAGAAUAUAAUAUUGAAAAGAAAUACAUACGAACUAUAAUCUAAAAGAAUGCGCUGCCAUAUUUUCAAAUCGCAAAUACCAGUAACAUAGAGAGGAUAAUGCAAAUGCGAACAUUUUACUUCAGUGUUGUGACGUUAGGAAAUUUUAAAAAAGAAAUAUAAUAUGAAUGGUAGCGAUGAGAAAAUUAAUAUGAAUAGGAACACUUUGUGUGAUAGACAUUGUUGAGCUUUUAUCGUUCGAAAGGUAGUGGAAUGAUCGCUUUGACAUAGAUUGGUAGAGGAUUUCAAAGUAAGGUAAUGUGUAGACAGUGCUCACAAAAAGUAAUUUCUGCUCAAUGAUGUAAUGGGUCCACCCGUAAGACUACUCGGUUCUGUUAGAAAAUCAAAAA